UCGUCACACCGCACAUGCGCAUUAGGGCUCUGACUCUCAGUCGUUUGGUUUUGGUCAUAGUUUGGUUAAUGGCAGUAAGUUAUACAAUUUUUACAGCAUAAGAAUUAUAAUGGGGUGUGAAGAAGAAGUGUUACGUGUUGGAAAGAAGCUUGAAAAAAUGGUUGCAAAGAAAAAUACGGAAGGUGCUUUAGACCUUCUGAAGGCACUUCAAAACAUGCCCAUCACUUUGGAAGUAUUGCAGAAAACUCGAAUCGGCAUGUCAGUGAAUUCUUUGAGGAAACAGAGCAAGGAUGAAGAUGUCGGAACUCUGGCAAAAGCACUCAUCAAGGUCUGGAAGAAGCUGCUAUCUGGUUGUAUGUAUACCAGUUCAUCAGCUAAUCAGCAGCCAGCUAACUACUCGCUCCCGACAUCAGUAUCUACAACUUCGCUGACCUCUCUUGCCAAGGAGAGCAAUGGCCGAGACACAGAUGUAGCAGACAGCAAAGACAACAAUGGAGCAUCCAAUGCUGAGAAGGCUCAGUGCAGCUUUAGGGCGGAUAACAUACAGGCGACAAACGAUUCUCUACGGUUGAAAUGCAGAGAAAUGAUUACCAUGGCCCUGAAAUCAGAUCCUCAGCCAGAGAGUGUGGUCUAUGCACAUGAAGAUCUUGCAGCACAGAUUGAGGACAUCAUCUUCAAGGAGUUUGGCAACACUGACAUGAAAUACAAGACACGAGUGCGUAGCCGGGUUGCAAAUCUCAAAGACCCGAAGAACCCCAUGUUAAAAGAGCGGGUUCUUGUUGGCAUGAUAGAGCCGGAGCGAAUAGCUGUAAUGUCAUCAGAGGAAAUGGCAAGUGAUGAUUUGAAAGAUCUAAGGAAAAAGUUGACGAAGGAAGCAAUAAAUGAUCACCAGAUGUCCGUACAGGGUGGAACAGAAACCGAUCUCUUUAAGUGUGGCCGCUGCAGGAAAACCAGGUGUACUUACAACCAGGUACAAACAAGGAGUGCUGAUGAACCAAUGACGACGUUUGUUUUCUGUUUGGAGUGUGGCCAUCGCUGGAAAUUUUGCUGAGUUCACAGUGGGACCAUUUCAUGGAAUCAAGCACCAACAUGUUGAUAUCUGUGAAAUUGUACUCAUUCUGUCAUUGGCCUCAUCAUGUAUUUGGGAUGCUGAAAAAAAGUUAUGUAUUCUACUGCGAGUCAAAGCAUUGCCAUUUGUAGUUUAGUGUAAUUCACACGUCUGCUUAUGGCUUGGUUUGAUUGCUAGGUCUUAGAUGUGGAGGUAUGGAUUGCUUUGAUUUGUAGGUUUUGUAAUAUACAUAUUGGUUUAAUUCACAAGUCAUGGAUAUAAUUUGGUGGAGUACAAUCAACUUAUUCCACAUUCCAAACUUGCUGUUUUAUAUUUCUGACUUUUAAUAGCAGUGGGAAAGUCCGAGUGAUGUAAAAAGUUGGUGCUGUCUGUUACACAAAAUUUAAUGUGGAUGAGGAAAAUUAUUCACCCCUGUAAAUAUCGUUCCAUCAUAAUCGUUCAAGAAUCGAUUAGUAAUCUAUGGUAUUGGUCAUCUUAACCACAUGUUCUGCAUGUCAUUGUCCCAUAAAUUGUACGCUUAAUUAAUUGCCCGGGUCUAAAAAAUGUUGCACCCCAGUGAAACUUGGGAUUCAUGAGCAAUUCUGUCAAUUCCUGAAUUUGACCACUGUUUUUAAGAUUUAUGUCUUUCAGUGUCAAUUCAGGUAGUGCUCAAAACAGCGGGUGUACGUAGUUCACACACCCACGCCUAUUAUUCGUGGAUUCCUAGCGUAGUUAUGUACAGAGGUAUUAGAACAUGUAAACUUUUUAAUAAACUAUCUAACAGGAUUACAACUGUG